GAAGUUACGUAACUCGAGCUUUGAUACACACGAGCUUCAUGCCAUUCUUCGUUUCCGUUCCCCUCCUUCGCGCGCGUAAAAAGUCCAGCGGGCGCGAUCAUCGAGUCAUCGAGCGUCCUCGUGGGAAUGGCGGCGUGGACAGCUGUGCGGGGAACCUCGCCUCGAGUCACAGUUGAGGAGCUAGAUCAUCAGGUCGACAGCGGCAUGGGCAGCAGCGACGCGCGCUCUCCCGAGGUGAAGUCGCUCCUCCCCGACGACGAGGAUGAUGACGAGGAGGAUGAGAGCUUAACGGAGAGAUUAUUAGGACUUACUGAAAUGUUUCCUGAGCCAGUACGUAACUUUGGAUACAAUGUUGGAACCUGCCUAUACACAUGUAUCAAAGGUUUAUAUGCAUAUUCGUGUUCAGCCACAUGGCUAGUCUUCAGUUCAUCCACAAUUCUUUUUGCGCCAAUUAUCUUUGAGAUGGAACGCGCACAAAUGGAAGACCUGCAACGUACGCAGCAGAAGCAAGUCCUCUUAGGCCCUAACACAGCUCUGUCCGGCGUUAACACCACGGGUCUUCCAAUGGCACCGCCUGUUCAGCGAUAGGCCAUUAUAUUACAAAUUUACAUGUGCACGCAUACAAGGACACAUACAGAAAUGCCCAUUCUACAAAAAAAAAAAAUAAAUCACUCGAGUUUCCC